AUGAACCCGCACAUAUCACUCCCAAGGCCGACGGGCGGACCUUCAAACUUUGGCUCGACCCCAUCGACACGGCGGAAUGAGGUCAAGAUGCCGCGCUUCUUCAAGCGCAUGUUCAAAUUCCCCCAGAUGGACUUUGAAAUGGCCAUAUGGGAGAUCAUGAGCCUGAUAAUAGCACCCAAGAAGGUGUUUCGACAGAUAUACUACCAUACAUACCACCGCCCCGACCCGUCGUUUACAUACCUACUCUCCUUCUUCCUGACUCUCACAUCACUUGCAUGGGGCUUCGCAUACGCAGAUGGCUUUACACAGACCCUCCACAUAACCAUGGUCUUCAUAUUCGGGCACUUCUUGCUGCUUUCGCUAUUGAUAGCGACACUGUUCUUCUUUCUAGUCGGCAGAUUAUUAGGCCCAGACAACACACUGCUACCUGGACGAAGGAGAGGACUGUACAACUUAGGAGAAGACUCGGGCAAGGAAGAGCUCGAGUUUGGAUACUGUUGGGAUGUUGCCAUUCGGGCCUUUGUUCCGGUCUGGGUGUUCCUCUACGUUGUUCAAUUCCUGUGCAUGCCACUGAUAGGCACACACCAUUGGUUUUCGCUACUCCUUUCAAACACACUCUACCUCGCCGCAUUGAACUACUACUUCAUCAUCACCUUCUUGGGCUACAAGGAACUGCCCUUCCUCCACCACACUGAGCUCCUACUCGUUCCAGUCGCCGUUAUGGCCAUACUGUGGUUUGUGUCGCUGUUCAGCUUCAACAUGUCGACACACUUUGCACCGGUAUUAUGGACGGGGGCCAAGCUACGGAAACACGUUGGAGAACAUUAA